UUCGUUAACGGAAGAGGGGACUCCGGUGUAGCCGGAAACGCCUCGUAAAAAGCGUUGGAAUUUUCAUCGGCGUCAUGGGGUCGCACGAGAGAUGUGGAAAGAAAUGCCGCGCGAUCUACCGGGUUUAACGCGAGAUUAAACUGUUUCUUAUGCAACCCUAAAGAUUUAAUACUUAUAUACAGAUACAACGUGACGGACGCGAAUGCCGUAUGUGUACGAUGAGACGGCAUUCGUGUCCGCCACUAUACUCAAGAACCGUUUUGCGUUAUCACAAAAAGGGGUACUUAUUCUGUCGAAGCGCGAUUUAGAAGGACGAAAUUUCUAUCAGGCUUCGUUAAUGUAAACGUCUUUUGCGUUUUUGUAGGUUGAGGCGUAACGAGAUACCUUAUUGAAUUCAAUUUCUUGUCGCGAGAAGAGCUCGUCUUUGCAGAUAAAAAAUGUGCCAGGUGUCCGGUUUUCUCGACUCCGAGUUCAGAUGGAUUCGGAAUGUUAUUUUAAACGCGAAGCGAGGAGAUUAAUGACGUCUCGUUUGACGGUAAACCACAGUCGUUUGCACGUGUCGGUAUGGCAAUAUCGAUACGGAUAAAGUGGCGGCGCUGGUUGGCAGUGGUCAUGGUGGUCGAGAGGUGCGACACCUUGAAAAAGAUACGCUACGUAAUUGAUCCAGGUUGUAAAUACUCGGUUCCGUACGCAAUUAUUUCAGCACGACAAAAUCAUCUCUAUCAAUUGAUUAUAAUUUUGGCCGUUAGGCAUCUUUCUACGUUCGCGAAUGCAUCAUCUGUGAUUUACUCGGAAUGUUAUGUUAUACGUGUUAUUCAGCAAUUUAUAUUCUUAACGUGCACUUGUUAACGGUUCCCAAUUUGGCUAAAUCCACUUUCAAAGUGAACUUUACUGCCACGCGUGCUUUUACUUCUCUUUCGAGCUAACGCCGUUCCGUUUCUCGUUAAAAAUACACGGAUUCUUUACGGACUAUUUCCGUCGUUUUCAGCAUUAUCGAGCAUUUCUCCGCGAGCGUUCUCGUCAAUUAAACCAACCUAGCGAGCCAGCCUUGGCAAAAAAGAGGAGAAAAUUUUCUCGCAGUGAGUGGCUUAACCGGAUGGCGGAUUUUUUGUGGCUGCAGUCUUGCCCUCGCGCGCGCACAUAGGCGUAAAAUGUGCGUUAAAUUCACUUCGCUAGAAUACUUGUACUCACGAAAAGUACGUUAUCGAAAAAUUAUUUAAUAUAUCGGUACGAGGAACUCUUGGAACAUUUUGUCAGGGCAUCCUUUUACAAUCUCCUCUAAGCCCUCUUCAUUUAAUUUAAUCACUCUCAAGUUGACUUACAUCGAGCCCUAAUUUCCUUUCUAAACCAUAUUCUUCAUGGCUGAGCGUUUUAUUCGCUAUUAUUUGUGUUAUUAUAUUUAUGCCGCAAAUUUUGCCGAAGAAAAGAACCUUUUUUUCUCAGGAAGUAGCCUAGUUCGAAUUUUCUAUCUCCAGGUUCUGCAUUAACGCUGAUACGCAUAAAUUGCGUCUUAAUUUGAGGACCUUCCCGGAGCACUUUCUCAACGAGCACAUUAUUGGGAAUAAUAAUUAAGCAUGGGCUGCUCCUUGUUACUCAUCAAGGGCUCUCUUUGAGGAAAUCCAGAAAAGCAUGCUGUCGGUUAAGGGACCUAUCGAUCCGUCGUGUUCGGUCGAACCGAAGCUCUCCUGGUCGAGUCAACUCGCGUUAAAACCUAGUUCUCGUAUAUCUGAGAGAAAAAACGUCGUUAGCAUUACCCGCGAAGUUUAGCUAAAGAGAAAAAAAAUUCUGUGAAAGCGGCGCAAACGGAAGGCGGAUUUCUUGUCCCGGAGUGCAACACUCGACUCACAUAUCGGCAUGGAUUGCACGUUAAUUCGAGCACCUCCUCACACCUCUUUGAACUCGACGAGGAAUUCUUGAGAAUAAUAAUUAGAGCCAAGACGAUCCAUGCCACUCAUGGAGGACACUAUUUAAAGAAUUCGAAUAAGCAAGCGAUCGAAUUCAAGACCUAUUGAUUUGUAAUUGAGUUAAAGGGAGUCGAGUCGCUUAUGUGUACCUCCACUGAAACAUUAAUUAACUUUACCGUGUCACCAACGUCACUUUCAUUCGUAUUAACUUCUCGGUAUCAAUAAUUAGAAUCUAGCCUAAUCGAAUAGUACCUCUAUUUUGUCACUCUAUGUACUCGAUUGUUCGGAUCCAUUACGGCCGCAGUCCAGGAAAUCAUAAUUAAGCCCAAAUUAUCCACGGCAUCAUCGAGCCGCAUCAUCACCAACAUCAGUUUCGCUCAUGUUAACUAUUUAGUACAAAAAAUUAGAAUCGAACCUGGUCAAGUGGUGUCUUUAUAUUAUCGCUAUGUACUCACUCGUUCAGUUCAGUUAGGGCCACAGAACAUGACGACAGUGAGCCUAGAUUAUUCAAGGUACUCUGGAUCCGCUAUCAUUACCAGUAAUGGUUUUGCUCAUCUUAAUCUUGUGGUACCAGAAAUUAGGAUCUACAAUUUUUUACUGUCUGUACAGUAGAUCGCACGGAUCCGUUAAGGUCGCAGCUCGGGGAAUAACAAUUAAGCCCGGAUUAUCUAAGGUACUAUCAAUCCGCAAAGUUAAGUCUGGUUCAGGACUCUUUCCCCGGGUAUUUGCGGCGUGACGUUAAUUUAGCUCCCUUGGGACGCCUGUCCGGAAGCCCAUUCUGAUACACCGGCGGAACAAAAUAGUGAAUCGCAGUUCGUUACACAGAAACCAGGAGCCAGUUUCCGUUGGUGGGACUUCGAGUACGAAACUCGCGAAGCUGAUGCUCGUCUUAAUACCUCGCUGGGUCGCCGACGACGCGGCUUGUACGUCGGGAAAAUCAAGCAGGACGGCUCAAUUUACGGGGAAAUAAGCUCGUGGUGUUACGUCUGAAAUGGGAAAAAUGAGUGAGAGGAGAGGACUGUCUUCUUGACCAAAAAUUAUACUUACACGGAAAUUGAACUCCGCAGGCGAUAAAUAAGUUUCACGGCGAUCGAUAGAAAUUUAACAAACUAAUAUUGCAUUAGACUCUCGUAAAGUUCUUUUUUUGAUCACGCAUUAACACGAUUUAAUCGACUCAUUUUGUUGUAUUUUUAAUUCCUUGUUCGAUGUUUAUGGAACCACCGUUAGUACGUAUGAUUAUCUUGUUACGUUCUAUUUAUGGAAACAAGAAUACUUUACAGGUGCAGUUAAGAAAUUCCCAUAGUUACGCACUUUGAACUACAUAAGUACGCUCAAAUAUACGAUGAGCUUAUUCAUGAGUGGGUCGCGAUGGCGCACAUUUUUCCAGGUAGCUGGAUACGCAUAUCCGGGCCAUCUGUACUCGUAUUUAAAUUAAAGAAAGGUGGGAAAAGUUCGUUCCCCCUGCAGUCAUCAACCGGCCUUUGAGCGAUAAAACAUCACUCCACGUUAAUUCUUUCCCUUUCUCGCGACGUGAUAACAUUCCUGUUGCCAGGUUGGCUGACUUUUUGCCGCAUUCGUCAAACCCCGUGACUCGAUAGAACCUUAUCGAUUCGUCCGCCGCCGAUAGCGAAAGAACCAAAAAUCGAUCCCCCUCCGUCGCUCGUUCUAGGAUCCCCAGCGGAUUUCUAAUUUCCUACGUUUCAGUACGGUAUCUCCGUGAUUCGCUAUCGAUGUAGGUUGCGCAAUUGCUAAAUUCCGCAGUCGUUAGGCUCCACUAAUCGAUACUAUCGAAAUUGACCUAUAAUUCACGGAUCGGCCGGUAUACGUAAACGCGAAAUAAAAUAUAGCCUCGCUGUCUCCACUAAAAAUUGUUUCCAGUCCAAGCCAACUCGAGCUUUAAAAGAGACUUCCAGGCGGAGGUAUCGGCCUUUACCAGAUAUAUCGCUUAUCUGCAUCUAACUUCGAUAGCAAACUCGAGUUUAUCCGCGUUUAUCGAGCCCGUCCGGGUUUAUCGUCACGUUAUGGACCCAGUUGCUCGACGACGGUCGACCGCGAAGGCCUCAUACAGCUACGGCCCUUUUUCCUUCCUAAUCUUUGGGAGGCCUCGAGUCAUGUGUAGAGGAAAUAAAAUCCCUGAAACUUGUUUGUUGUGCUUUUGUGUUGUGCACCUUGCCGAGGCUGUGCCAUGACGUCACGCUGCUUCGAUAUGUGCUAGCCUCGCUUUCUGUGCCGUGCAAGCCGAGAAGCGGGGUGAUAACACCGCUGCGGUGAGCCUUAUCACCAAGCAAUAUGUGCUCGAGGUGCGACGGGUCGCCUUGGAGUUUUCACGAAGCAAACCGAUCCCCUCGAAGGUCCUUUUCGAAGAUUUUGUAUGUUCUUUCCUUACCUCGAAGGCCGCUGAAUUUCAUAUUUUCUCUAUUUUUUCUUUGAAUUUAUUUUUUGCCCGUGAGUCGAAACGAAAAACUCGUUGGAGAUCCAAUCCUACCGUAAGUCGAGGUUCCAGGGAACGAAUAUUUCGCGUCGGACGUGAUCUGGUCGGCGUUUUCGAUCCAGCGAAUACAAACCGCACGGUUUAGCUUGGAAUUCGAUUGAGAUACAAUGUAACAUCCUGAUCGCUGAAAACAGGAGAAGGGAAGUGAGAAAGAGUUGUGCGUUAUUGCAAGUUACGGCCAAGUGUACUUUAUUGUUGAACAAUUCAACUUUCGAUUUAUCUGGUCGUAUUUUCACGUAUCUUCCAAUUUACUCGGUUUCUUUGUCGCUUUGUCGCGUUGGGCAUUUCCUUGGUCUAUUUCGGUAGCCCUGUAUGUUCGACGGGUGUUCUUUUAUUGGACCGGUUGGACCCUUUCGUGCAGUUACUAUAAUUUAUGGAAGACUUCGGAAGAGGGGACCGAUGGGUAUCGGAUUGCUUCGGGAAGACGCAGAGUCGAUCGAUCGAUCGAUCGAGGGAGUCGGCACACCAUCCUCGCGAUUUCAAAGCCGUCCGCUGGAUAGCUGGUAGAAGAUGGGAUUAACGGAGUUCGACGCGAAGGUCGUCGAUGCGCGGGGUAAACCCGCAGGUGAUCGGCCCGAUGGCGGUUCCUUAACGAGGACCUGUGUUUCUUCCCAACAGAGCUGAUCGACUCCGCCGAUUGGCUCCCAGCAACGACCGAAUCGACGCAGACCUCCUCGAGAGGGCCUCGAAGGACGAGCUAAGCCGUAUCUCGGACCGUUCCUCGAAGGACUCGUUAUCGGGCGAUCCCUCCACGAGAAAGAUGACAGCUGCCGACUCGAAGAGAGAACGACAUCUCGGGACGAUGUACUCGAAGGAUUUGUCAUUUUGUAGGACGAGUCUCGUCGGGGAAUUGUAAAGGAGCUCACGGUAGAACCGGACACAUGCCUCGAAGAGGAAGCGAAAUCUUGGAAGGAUACAUGUGAAGGAUUUGAGAGUUUAUGGUGUUUUAUUGGAAAAGUUUGAGCAAUCGUUCGAGGGUCUCGCUGCAAAGUGGACCAAUUUCCUCAAAGAGUGGACGAGGCCUUGGAAAGGUUCUCAACGAACGAUCCUAGGCGAUCGUGGCAACGGUGCGCUUCCUCCGCGAAACCGAUCGACAACUUCUGAAAGACCCCCGAGGUCUCGAAUCGGUUUUCGAACGACGACUCGGUGAAUCAGCGAUUUUACAAUCUUCCGUUGGAAAACUCUAGGCGACCGCCUUAGCGGCGAUCUUGUCGCGAAACCGGUCGACGAGGUCCAGGACAGCCCCGGUCGCGGAGCGAUUCACGCGGAACAACCCGGAAUGCUGGCACCGUUCGCGAUCUUUCAUCGACGAGUUUUUCGCGAUCGCCUCGACCGCCACCUGACCAUCGAACCGGUCGACAGACCUCAAAGGCGAAGCCGAACCUGGAAAUGACUCAGAGGCUCCGGCGACUGGAAGGACCUUUAACUCCUGUUACGAGCCGAAUUUACACGAUUUCACCGACAAAAUCCUUCCGAGACUCUCGCGGAAGCAACGUUUUCGGGAGACCGUUCCUCGAGAAAGGAACUUCGGUAGUCGUCUCUUCAUCGAGACGUCCUAUACAACCGGCGACUGAAACCAAUCAAGAAGGGUCAGACUUGGUCCGUUGUAGCCUGCGAGUCCUUAAUUCGGCUCUUUAUCAAGCCAUAUCAUUCUUUCUCGGCUAGGCAACGGAAGGAUCUCAUAUCCUGACGAGGUUCGAUACCGCAAGGAAUCUACAAAAUCUAGUCCAUCUUCAAGGCGCAGAGCUUUCGACUCGGCCGACGACUCCAUCUAGGAUCUUUUGGCUCGUUUUCGCAGCGGCGGAGAGAGAGUUGACCGUGGUGUCGGUAUCGGGGCCGAUAAGGGAUCUCCCUGCUCCCGUCUCGGACGGCGUCGCUGUCGCGGCGCGUCGCCGUCAUGAGCGAGCCCGCGGCAAGCGCGGCGAACCGCGAGAUCCCGCUCGCCAGGAGCCAGCCGGGUAGAAAGUCGAUCAGGCCGUCGAGUUUCCGACGAGCGGUUGACGCCGACGCCACUCGAGCGUCGCACCCAGCGAGCGAGGCCGCCAGCCCAACCACGCCAGGGCCUAAGGUCGAGCCCAGUCGCACGACCACCAUGGAGGCGCUCAAGCAGUGGACGCUCGUCGAGGGUGACGGCGGCGGACUGAGGGUCGUCGAGCGACGGGUCGAGGCCGAACCCUGGCGCACCAGGUCGCCGGCGCCUCGGCGCGCUCCCCUCGGCCCUCCCGAGGCCAAGUUCAAGGCCAAGGCCGGGCCUGUCGACUCCGGACCCUCGCCUCCGCCUAACGCCCCGGUCAACCUCGGCAGCAUCCUCGGCUGCUACGUCGACCCCCGCGAGAGCAUCGACAUGCUGGAGCGCCUGGAGAGGCAGGUCAAGGCCAUCGAGAUGGGAACCAUCGCCGCCAGGACGAAACUCCUCGGCCAGGACCGGACCGACGUCUCGGCCAAGAUCGAGCCCCGGGAGGGACUGCUCGCCAACCUGCCCGACGACGAACCACAAGGGAACCAUCCGUUUCGACGCGGGGAAGUGACCAGGAACUCGACUGGAAACACCGGCGUCGUCCCCAAGCCGACGACCACCAAACUCUCGAGGACUGCCUCGGACACGAGGCGCGGCCAGGAGUCAGACAUGUUCUUCAAGGUGCAGGCGAGGACCCAGAAAGCCCGCAACCUGCCCAGACCCAUUGUCACUAACAGGCACCUCCAGGAACUUUCGACCGCCUUGGACCCCGUGACCAAAGUCACUCGCAACGAUGGCCAAAACCAGGCUAACAAGGAGACGGGGGAUGGAGUGGGAGUGUCCAGCGGCGGAGGCCGAUUGUCCUCGAGAAGUCGGACCUCCGAGGAGCCUCACAUCGGCAAGUACAAACUCCUGAAGACCAUUGGAAAAGGAAACUUCGCUAAGGUUAAGCUUGCCAAGCACAUACCCACGGGGAAGGAGGUGGCUAUUAAGAUCAUCGACAAGACGCAACUUAAUCCCGGCAGCCUUCAGAAGCUAUUUCGCGAGGUGAGGAUAAUGAAGAUGCUUGACCAUCCAAACAUAGUAAAGCUGUUCCAAGUAAUCGAGACUGAAAAGACGCUGUACCUGGUGAUGGAGUAUGCUAGUGGUGGGGAAGUAUUUGACUACCUGGUGAUGCACGGGAGAAUGAAGGAGAAAGAGGCCAGGGCGAAAUUCAGGCAAAUCGUCUCCGCUGUGCAGUACUGCCAUCAGAAGAAGAUUAUUCACAGGGAUUUGAAGGCGGAGAACUUACUACUCGACAGUGAAAUGAACAUUAAAAUAGCCGAUUUCGGAUUUAGCAAUGAGUUCACUCCAGGCAACAAGUUAGACACUUUCUGCGGCUCGCCUCCCUACGCGGCGCCUGAACUAUUCCAGGGCAAGAAAUACGACGGUCCCGAGGUGGAUGUGUGGUCGCUCGGAGUAAUCCUAUAUACCUUAGUAUCCGGCUCACUGCCAUUCGACGGUUCGACGCUAAGGGAGUUAAGGGAAAGGGUAUUAAGAGGAAAGUACCGAAUUCCCUUUUACAUGUCCACCGAUUGUGAAGGCCUCCUGAAAAAGUUUCUGGUGCUCAACCCGAUGAAGCGGGCCUCGUUAGAGGUACGUGGCGACAAGAAUAUAAUGAAGGACAAGUGGAUGAAUAUGGGAUAUGAAGACGAUGAAUUAAAACCGUACUUAGAGCCAGAACCUGAUUACAAAGACCACAAGAGGAUAGGUGAGUCUGCCAAGGCUCUUGUGAGUAUGGGAUACUCGCGAACCGAGAUCGAAGACUCCUUAGGACAAGCGAAGUAUGACGACGUAUUUGCAACGUAUCUUCUGCUCGGUAGAAAAACAACAGAUCCUGAAAGUGACGGCUCGCGGUCGGGUAGUUCCCUGUCGCUGCGUAACAUUCCACCGCAAGUCAGUUCAGGUGGAGGAGGAACCGGUGGGGGAGGCACCGGAGGUGCCGUCCAGAGCCCAUCUCACAGAGGCGUACACCGCAGCAUCUCCGCCAGCAAUCCAAAAUCCAGCAGGCGGGCAUCGUCCGGUGGUGAGACCCUUCGCGGAGCGCCAAGUCCAGGUAACGCAACGAAUCACAAUCAUGCAAAUGUCGCGACUGGCGCUACGGUUGCUGGAACGGGUGGUAGCAAUUUCAAACGACAAAACACAGUGGAUGCAGCUACAAUUAAAGAAAACAGUACCCGCGUAUCUAACAGUCGACCAUCUGCACCCAAAAAUAGUCCUGGACAACUCGAUACCAUGACAAUGUUCAUUAUAGGCAUGGGGACCAGUCCUGGAGGUAAAGGACGAGCUAGCAAGAUCAACACGAUGAACGUCGGGGUAGGAGGUGGUGGUCGGCCCCUCACCUCCCCCGCCCCUGGAUCCGUUAGUCGACGUAGUACUAUCUCCUAUGACCAAGCUAAGACAUCUUCUUCGUCAACAGAAAGAACAAACGAUGUACCCAGCCUGGGCGAGGGUACUAGGCCGACGAGGGGUCACACCAAGUCAGCGAGCAUCAGUGCAGGGCACCGCUCCUCGAGUGGCAUACCCCCCAGCGACCACUCGCUGCUGGAUCCUCAACCACGCAACGCCCACAACCCCUUACUCGCCACUGCUGACCCUCUUAGGCAGAGUUUGGGUGUGCCUCCAAGCAACAGACUGGCAACUCCCACCACACCAGCAUUUCCUCGGAACGUUCCUAAUCGCAGCACGUUCCAUUCCGGCCAAAACAGAGCACAGCGAAUUUUUACUCAGGGUCAUACGCACACACAGGAUACGAAUGCGAUAUCUCCUCUGGCAAGGCCAUCGUUUUUCUCCAAAAUCUCAUCCAGGUUCUCCAAACGGACUUGAACCAAAUAGCUCGGAUUCAUCUCGGGUUUCAAGAUGAAAAAACCAUUGAGACGUGAGUCGAGACAACUGCACGGUGUGCUGCACGCGACGUGCAAUCGCAGCACGCUCUACACGUCUAAACAGAGUUGACAAACUUGCAAGGGAUGCAGUUGCAUUCUAGUAUUAUAGCCAGUGGACGAGAAAAACAGUCAAUAAUAUUUGGCUCCGUUAUUCUGUGGUGCGCAACGUUGAGAAUAGGAUCUUUUUAGUAAACUUUAUACUUCGGCGAGCGAAUGUUUGAGGGUGCACGCGUGUACACGCGGGUGUACGCUUAGGCGUGUACGUACGUAUGGAUUUUCGUGGCAGCGUGUAUGUGGCAAGCGAUGUAACAGUGACUACUAUAUUUUUUACUGCUGUAACGAUUAAUUGUACUAAAGUCUUCCUGAUACGAAACUGCAAGAAGUUGCCUUACGCACCUAGAGGCAUAGCACGAAAUUCUGUGCCUUCCUACGAUUUUGCCUGACAAUCUGCAAUAUGCACUUUGUACCGACUAUCCAUUGAAAUUUAGUUUUACAUUUUUCUAUACAGUAAAUGUUGGGCACUAGAUAAGCUGCUAGGCUAAAGUACCAUACAUCGUAAUUAGCCCUCCAUUCGACUCAAUUCAGUUAAAUGCAUUCUGACACAAAGUAGCUGUUGAUUGAUACUUCUCUAACUUUCUCUUUGCUGUACGGCUAACACAGACUUCUAUUUCUGUAAAACGACUGUUAUUGUCAGUGCCUGAAAUGAUACGAAUAUCAAUCUUUGCAAAUAUCUUUUUUUACGGUGGGUAACUGUUUCAUUGGAUCCCCGAUUUACCCCUCUACGGUUUUAUGCCGACCCAAUAUGUGCAAGAUAACCAGAUUCUAAUGUACUUAUUAACAUUAGAACUACCAAGACCAGUCAAAAUGACUGGUUUCAAAUGGCCCAUUACUAUACAAAAAAAAAAUUCGCCGGUAGUUUUAGUGUUAAUAAGAGAAUAUGUUCAGGAAAAGUAUAUACGUAUCUUAUUGAAAUGUGUGUAAACGCGGUAGAAAUUUGCAGGGCUUAAAAAAGCUCCGCAGUGAGUAAUUAGAUGUCGAUGGACUUUAUUCUAUCGGUGUACCUUGCAAAACUGCUGAUAUUACAAGGUUUUAUCACAAAUGCUAGACAUACGGUACAUCAACGUGUCCAUUUAUACCCUUUCCAAAGUAUCUACAUUCUACCAUGCUAAACAAACCUAGUUAAAGAUUACGGAAACAUCAAAUGGCAUAUUGUUCAGGUUAAUAGUACAGACAAUGUGAAAGGAAGAGGCAAGAAAUUAACAGUAUGUAAUGACCCAUGCCUUGGCAGGUUUUCUAAGUGAGAGACGAAGACUCGCCUUAUUUCCUCUGAGCUGAAAUGAGAGCGUGCUACACAGCUGAGUAUCAUACAACGAAAGUACGGCCAAAGUGACUGUGGAAAUUAAAUCAUAAUGAAUGGCCGAACACAAGUUCGUACAGGGACCAAUUUUCUGAUAUUGCUGUGUUACGUAGAACGUAAAGUUGUAAAACGAUUACGAAAAAAACGGUAGAAAUAAAUGUACCUAUUAAAACAGAUGGUCUCUAUUUACGAAAUGUGUUCGGAGUAAAAAUUAUUAUAAUUGCUAGAAGUGUUUCUUGAGCAUUCAUAAAUUUGUUUAAUACCAUAUUAACUCUUCGACUACUAAGAGCGCCUAAAGGCCUCCGACGUUUGGUCCAAUAUAGCCUGCACGAUCAGAUGAAUUUCGUCCAUAUGUCGAUAUGGCUCCGUGUUCAAAGGGUUAAUAAUGUAAUAUUUAUGACGUAGUUAUGAAAUAAUUCGAGCAAAAUACCACUCAACAACUGGAGUACGAGUAUGAAGUGCAAUCACUAAUAAUCUGUCUCAUAUAGAUUGUAAAUUCUCGUACAGGAAGUUUCAUUAUUCCUUCAGAAAUUCAUCAAACUCGGGAAAAUCGAAAAAGUGUUAAAUGACUAAUCUGAAUUUACGCGAUAAAAAUAUUUAAAUGUGUACAUAACUGGACAAGGAAUUUCGAUCAAAGUCGAAACAAACCGAAUAUUUAUUCAACCCAAGUAUAUUGAAUACGGUUUAACUUUCAAAAAAUACAAUUCUCUAUUUAUUUCACUACCGUCAACAUCAAAAAUUUAUGCCGUAUUAUACUGAUUAUUCCCGCGUUUGUUAUUUAGAGAAAACUAUAUGAGAUUUAUUAGAAUAUUUGAAACGUUCAUGUUUAAUAUUAAUGUUAUGUUGUAUUGUUUGCAUUUAUUUUUGUUUCGUCCUGUUUUUAUGUCCGAAAGCAAUCGGAAGAUACAUCUAUAACACGUAUGCAUCUCUAAUGGCACGUAUAACUACGUUUUUGUGUGGUAUAAGAGAAUCGAUAUGUCUCGUAAUAUCAAAUAAGAGUGAGAUCGUUCUCUGUAGCCGGGUUUGUUUACCUGCAUUGAUAUUUUGGAUUUUCUACAUUUCCUACCAUUGUAUGUACUGAUGAUCAAAGAUAAAUCGAUUCUUCUGAACAUAGAUAUACAUACUUACGUGAAAGUGCAAAAUUAAAUCCAAUGGCCUUGAUAAGGUUUAAUUUGCUAUUCUCCUUAGGUAGAUGUUUUCUCCGAAUAACUUGUGAUUCAACAACACUUCUCACAGUUUAAAUCAGUUAGAUGAUAUUUUCUCGAAACUUGUUUAAGGCACUGACUAGAAUUGUAGCUUAUAAGGAAAAGAUGGCAAUUAGCAAAACGUCCAUAUCGCACUGAGUAUACGAAAUUUUAUUUAUAAUUUCGGAAAUGAGCGCAAUUUUAUUCUUUCGCCUACUAGAAAUUGGUGUAAUUUAUUCUUAGUAAAAAUUUAAUAUUAUCUUACCUCUAGCAAAUAACAAGAUACUUUGUCACUGCAGCACACAGCGCCAAAACUAAUUAGUUUCGCUGCGUUGCUAUACACACACACCACAUAAAUUUAGUCUUCAAUACGUCCGAUUAUAUGAAGAACUAAGUAUAUUUAGAAACUUUCAAUGAUUUAAUCACAUUAGUAAAUUGAAAAGGUAUAUAUUAAGGUGAAGAUAUAUUCUUCCAGCGGAUUAAUUUCUAAUGUUAGAGAUUUGAUUACCUCUCGAAUCUUUAAAUCGAUACAUCGUAUUUAGAUAGUUCAAUGUAGUGAUGAAAAUUCUCAAAGGCUGCUUAUUUCAUGAAGUAAUUUAGCAGCGAUGUAUAUUUUUGUAAUCAUUUUCAAAUCAAAUCAACAACAGUACAUUCGUUGUGCAUUGUUGGAAAUUUAGGAAUGUAACAAGUAAGAUUCCUUAUAAAAAAAAAGACAAUCCAUUCGACCACAAAGUGUAUUUUCGCAAUAUUAUCGUUUAACGUAUUUCACGACAAAUAACACUAGAUUGUGUUUCUUUGGAUCUUAAAUAAAAUCCGUACAUAGAA